AUGACGAACAGCUUUUUCCAGACGAAGAUGGCCGAGGAGGACAUCCCCAAGACCGCGGUGGCAACUCCCUGGGGACUCUUCGAGUGGGUGGUCAUGCCGAUGGGUCUGUCCAACGCGCCAGCAACGCAUCAACGCCGGGUCAACGAAGCCUUGUCAAGUCUCAUCGGCAAGAGUUGUUUUGCCUGCCUCGACGACAUCACAAUUUUCUCGAAUACCAUUGAGGAACAUCGGGCUCACGUCAAGGAGGUACUCGAGGCGCUGCGUCGGGCCGAUCUGUAUUGCAAAACCAUCCUGGUCGCCUUAAUCAGUACACCAAAAGUGAAGGCACCUUCAAGAGAUGCAUGUGCCAAAUCCUAUUUCAACACUCCCACUGAUUCUAGCAUGA